CCUGGGGACUCAGCCCCGCCCCAUCGGCAGGACGCGCCCCACUCACAAGAAAGCUCGCGAGAAUCUCGCUCGGUACUAAAGUUGAGAUGUAUGAGCUUUCUCGGUUUCCGUAGGUCGGAGUCGCGUUCCCUGAGUUAGCGAUUCCGGGUCGCUGUUUGGGUAGCCUCCGCAGCGCUCCAGGGGGAGCCAGAGUCCGGUGGCUUCAGUGAGUAGGGGUAGAAUCUGAGCGCCCCCCUUUAACUCUCUCGCCCGAUUCCUUGAAGACCCUGGUGCAGGUUAGCAAGAGGGCCCAGGACUCCUGGAUCCCCAGCCCUAUGACUCAGGGGCUCCUGCCCAGUUUCCCACUCUCAGCAUUUCGAUUCAGUUCAGCGAAUUCAUCGCCCUGUCUGAGAUGAGGAAACCAUAACUCAGAGGACGGCCCCGAGGCGCAGUCUACCAAGCCCCCUCCCCCUCUCCCUCUCCCAGGGUUCCUCAAAUCAGCACUGAGAUCCUGUCCCUGACCGUUGUCCCCUUCCCAGAGUCCAAGGUCUGUGCAGGCCUCGGUCUCAGCCGCAUUCCCCUCAAUCACCCUCGUCUCAUCUCCUUAACUAUCCGCAGGCCCGGGGCAGCAUGGCCGUGUUCCGGUCGGGCCUCCUGGUGCUAACGACACCUCUGGCCUCCCUGACCACUCGCCUGGCGCCCAUCCUAACCUCGGCGGCCCAACUGGUGAAUCACACGCUCUAUGUCCAUCUGCAGCCUGGCCUGAGCCUGGAAGGCCCUGCUCAGCCCGAGUCCAGCCCCGUGCAGGCUACGUUUGAGGUCCUCGAUCUCAUCACGCACCUCUACGCAGGCGCCAGUGUCCACGGGCACCUGGACGUCCGAGUUCUGCUGACCAAUAUCCGAGCCAAGAGCGCCUUUCUUCCUCCCCAGUUCAGCUCAGUCCAGAACCUGGCCCACCCACCGGAAGUAGUGCUAACUGACUUCCAGACGCUGGAUGGCAGCCAGUAUAACCCAGUCAAGCAACAGCUAGAGCGCUAUGCCACCAGCUGUUAUAGCUGUUGCCCGCAACUGGCUUCGGUGCUGCUAUACCCCGAGUAUGGGUCUAGGGCGGUGUCCUUGGAGCCCCAGGAUGCCCCCUCAUCCUCCACCAUCAAGCCAGCCUCCCCUGUGGCCAGGUCUCCAAAGCAGCCGGUGCGUGGCUACCACCGUGGGGCUGUGGGUGGCACGUUUGACCGCCUGCACAAUGCUCACAAGGUGUUGCUCAGCGUCUCAUGCAUCCUGGCCCAGGAGCGGCUUGUGGUAGGAGUAGCAGACAAAGACCUGUUGAAGAGCAAGUUGCUCCCUGAGCUGCUCCAAUCCUAUGAAGUACGUGUGGAACGUCUGAGUGAGUUCCUGGUGGACAUCAAGCCCUCCUUGACUUUUGAUCUCAUUCCCCUGCUGGACCCCUAUGGGCCCGCUGGCUCUGACCCCUCCCUGGAGUUCCUGGUGGUCAGCGAGGAGACCUAUCGUGGGGGGAUGGCCGUCAACCGCUUCCGCCUCGAGAAUGACCUGGAGGAGCUUGCCUUGUACCAGGUCCAGCUACUGAAGGACCCAAACCACAUGGAAAAUGAAGAGGAUAAAGUCAGCUCCUCCAACUUCCGCCAGCAAAUGCUGGGGAACCUGCUGCGGCCACCACAUAAGAGGCCAGAGCUUCCCCAAAAUCUCUACGUGAUUGGGUUGACGGGCAUUAGUGGCUCUGGGAAGAGCUCGGUAGCUCAGCGGCUGAAGGGCCUGGGGGCAUAUAUCAUCGACAGUGAUCACCUGGGCCAUCGGGCCUAUGCCCCGGGCGGCCCUGCCUACCAGCCUGUGGUGGAAGCCUUUGGGCCAGAUAUUCUCCAUAAAGAUGGCAUCAUCAACAGGAAGAUCCUAGGCAGCCGGGUGUUUGGGAACAAGAAGCAGCUGAAGAUACUCACAGACAUUAUGUGGCCAAUUAUUGCAAAAUUGGCCCAAGAGGAGAUGGACCUGGCUGUGGCUGAGGGAAAGCGUGUGUGCGUGAUUGAUGCCGCCAUGCUGCUUGAAGCCGGCUGGCAGAACAUGGUCCAUGAGGUGUGGACCGUUGUCAUCCCUGAGACUGAGGCUGUCCGGCGCAUUGUGGAGCGUGAUGGCCUGAGUGAAGUUGCAGCGCAAAGCCGGCUGCAGAGCCAGAUGAGUGGGCAGCAGCUUGUGGACCAGAGCCACGUGGUGCUGAGCACGCUGUGGGAGCCAGAGGUCACCCAGCGCCAGGUGGAGAAAGCCUGGAACCUUUUGCAGAAGCGCAUUCCAAAGAUGCCAUCAGGCCCAUGAAUGACCAUGAAUUCUCUGUGGGAUCAGAUUGGCCCCUGGAGCUGACAAGAGAUACAGUGGUGAUUGGAGUGGAGCCUCAAUGCUUACCCUGGCUUGGACCUAGGGGGCUGUAAGCUGACCCGGGCAGGCCUGGGCCUGCCCAGCCUGCUUGUACGUGGCAAGCACUGAGGAUGUGGCUCAAAGAGGAGCAGACCCCUGUGGCGUUCCAUCCCUACUCUUGCCCAGGAGUGUCUGUGAUACCCACAGCUGACUGGGACCAGAGCAACAGUGGAACUUGUAACAGAAUUAAAGGUGAAUGUU